AUGCGUUCGCCAGGUUCGAUGUGGAUCGCCUUCAAAAUCCUGCAGCCGCACCUCUGCUUCGACUUCAGGUCGCUGUCUUUCUACAAGGAUGAUGAAAGGAUUUCGCCGCCGGGGCUCCGCAGGACAAGGCUGUCGAGCGAGCUAGCUGCGCAUGCAGCAGCAGACUUCGUGCCGGCAUGCAGUGGCGGCGAGUCUGCAUGCACGCGCCGUCUCGCCAGGCGUGCUGCGCUCGUGCUGUGUCUUGAUCGCGUUACAUGGGCGAAUCCACAUACAUGA